GUCGUGUAGGAAGAAUGAGGUAAGAGUAUCCCAAAACUUUAACCAGACUACAUCCUCACAAUAUGCCACUAUCCAGACUCUUUUUCUAAUUCUAUCUUCUACUUCUGAUCUUUCCAGGUUAUCAUGAAAAUCACGGAAAUGCCCCAUACAGUUACACAAGGUUGUCUUUCAAUCUAUCCCAGAUAACCUCUCGCCAUGUCCAUGUUCCUGCUCCACGUCAUCGAAGAGUCUCUUCAUCGAGUACACCUAAACGGCCUGGCUACUCGCGUUCGCCAUCUCGAACUCCACCUCAGAAGCAGCAAAUGGCGAGUCCUCGACUGGCAGAAGCGCUAUCAGAAAGAAGAAUACAACGGGACAUAUAUCCUUCAGCGCGAGCUAUACCUCAAUGAAGAAGUGAGCUCAUAUCUCGAAGCAGCCAAGCGACAUCCCCUCACGAACGAAGAAGAUCAACAGCUCCGAGAAUGGGAAGCGGAGCUAGACCAGCUCGACCUGGUCUGGUUACGACAUCAGUGCGCGCUCUCGCAGCUCAUGCUGGAGAAGCCGCACGGUCUAUUCAUGGCACAUUGGGAGAAGGCACGGCAGGAUCCGAAUAAGCAGUGGACUAGGGAGAGUUAUCAAUGCUUGGAUAGAGGAGGGUGUUGUGAGAGGAACUGUGGAUGUUGUGUGAGGCCGAUGGUGACGCAUCGGUUACCGGAAUUGUAUGUCUAUGUGCAUUGUACGGAGGCGUGUGGGUGUUGUAUUCGAUUUCGCGAGGAACAGGAAGCUCUCAAGUCGACGCAUCCUCGAGAGGGACUUAAGUAUAGAUUGCCGGUUUCUGUGCAUGAGGAAGAUGGCUCUUCUGAUUCUGAGUUGUUGACCUGAUGCGUGUGAUGAUUUAUGAUGCUGGAUCAGCCCGACUAUUCUCUUGAUGGCGCUUUCAGGGAUUUGUUCCAAUAAACUUAUAUGAAAAGGCAUGGGAUUAAUGAAGUUUUAAUAUUCGAUGUUAAUUCUGGCUGAGCUUGAAUUCUCUAACAACUAGCUCAACCUAUUAAGGUAUCUCUGUGGGUGGAGCUAGAAGGCGUGCCGUAGGCAGGCUCCGACAUUGAUCACCCCAGUGAUGAGUCUUACUGGUAAAGACAUGAAGAUUGCAACCUUGUUACCCU